CACUUCCUGCUCGGGGCAGAGCAACCACACUGUUCCCCGGCUUGGGACACCGGAGGGAUCGAAGGCCAGGCCCCAGGCCCAGGAAGGGCCCCGGAAGGGCCCAGGGAAGGACGAUGGCCACUGGAGGCAGCGACCCCAGCACCAGAUUCCAUCAGGCAUCCGCUGGGUGUCCGUCCACAUUAGGAAUGAGACGUGAACAGCCGACGAGGGCGCUGUGUAAUGAAGGGAUGCCCCCAGGUGGCUGGAUGUCCAGAGAAGACCAGAGCAUAGAUGACAGAAUUGUCUAUGAUAUUGUAUUCCAUCACUUCAAAAGACAUAAGGUCGAUAUUUCAAGAGCAAUAAAAAAGGAAUUUCCUUUCCUUGAGGUUCUUCGUGACCGUGAACUCAUCACCGAAAAAAUGUAUAACGAUUGUAAAGAAUCUUGUAGGAACCUGGUCCCUGUACAGAGAGUAGUGUACAAUGUUCUCAGUGUACUGGAGAAGACAUUUGACCUGCCCCUUCUGGAAGCACUGUUCAGCGAGGCCAAUAAACAGGAAUACCCCGACUUAAAUAUCAUUUAUAAAGGCUUUGAAAAUGCAGUCCAUGAGAAACUUUGUCACCAAGAAAGUGAUGGAGAAGAACAUUUGGAGAGCCCUAACACCCAACUAACACUUGAACAAGGAACUGGUGAACACUCAUGUCAAAGCCUGACCUGGAUCUUCCCUCAUCCCUCAGAGAGUGAUGGUACAGCCCCGCCUGAAAAUGGACUCUCAGAACACCUCCGUGAAACACAGCAGAUAAAUAUGAAUGAAACAGGUACAACCAGUGAUAACAACGAUGCACUAGAAAGCCACCAAGCAAAUGAACAAUGUGCCCAAGAGUGUGAGCCAGCAGGGUCCUGCAACCACAUACGCACCCAAGGAAAUAAUGGAAAUGCAAGAAUGGAGACACCCAACCCAUGGCCCUCUAAUGAAGAAAGAUCACAGCUACCUUGCCACGAAAUGAAAAUAAAUUCCUGUUCAGUAUAUCUGGUGGAUAUAAAGAAGGAAAAGCCAUAUUUUAAUUCAGAAGUUGAAAAGCAAACCCAAACAAGGACUAAAUGUAGCCAGGCAUCUGACAUAAUAGUGAUCAGCAGUGAUGAAGAUGAACAACCCAAAAGCCCCACUGAGGAACAAAGAAGGAGUCCUGUGAUCAAUUAUAACCUUCACUACUUACAAUCAGACGAGGAAGGAGAUACCCAAGAAGCCACCUGCUCAGCACCCAACACUGCAGCACAGCCUGUGGAUUUCAGAAAAUCACCUGUGUGCAGGAAAAGACUUUGGAAAACUGGGAGAAGUCGGGAAGGGUCUUCGGAGUCCAGCGCAGACGAGACGCCCCCAGUGCUCUGGAGGUCUGCAGAGAGAAGUCCUGACGAGGAGGAUUCUACAGAUAUCGAAAACCAACCUACUUGGAUGAGGAGCAAUAAGAAAAAACGAAUCAACAGUGAUGACUCUUCAGAACUGAGUAACGGAGAAGAACCUCAGGAAACGUCUAGUUCAGCCCUAAGAAAUGGGUCAGGAGCAGAGCUCCAAGGAACUGGAAAUGAGGAGUGUCCCUGUGUCAUGUGUUCAUCCAAAGGUGUGCCAAGAGGCCAAGAAGCAAAGACUGAAAGUACCCAAGCAUCUGACAUGAUGGACAACAUGGAUAUUGGAAGAAAGUCUACUUUGGGAAAACACAGUCGGAAAAGAAGAAGAAAGAGAAGACGCAAAGGUAAACUGAACAGUAUCCAAAGAGUGAGAGGCAGAGGCAGAUAUAAAACCCAAGCUCUGAGAAAAAGAGUUCCAUGGAAAAGAAGAAAACUAACAGGGAUGAAAGCCGUCAGUACCGGGCCUUCAAAAAGAAGCAGAAAAAGAGUUCCAAGAAUUCCCAGAGAUACAACUAUCGAUUUUCGACUUCCUAUACUUCGCGUGACCUGUGGUCAGGCAGAGGGGAUGUUAUAUAAGGAGAAAAUGAAACAAGGAAUCUCGGCAAAGUGUAUAAAGAUGAAGGAUGGAAAGAAGCUCACCCUCAAGGAAUUUGAAAUUGAAGGAAAUCACGAAAAAUCCAAGAAUUGGAAGCUGAGUGUGCGCUGUGGCGGAUGGCCCCUGAAACACCUGAUUCAGAAUGGACAUCUAUGUAAUCCUCCAAGAAUAUAUGGAAGGAGAAAAAAGCCGAGAGUCGUGAAGUCUCAUGACAAGACCUUGUUUGACCCUUAUCCAGAAAACUCAAAUCACUGUGAGGUGUGCCGUAAAGGAGGAACACUGUUCUGCUGUGAUACUUGUCCACAGUCCUUUCAUGAGAAAUGCCACUUACAACAUAUUGAUCCUGACAGGAGCCCAUGGAGUUGCAUCUUCUGCCAGAUAAGGGCUAUUCAGGAAAGGAACCCAGAAAAUCAAUCAUGUCAUCAGGAAUCAGAGGUCCUGGAGAGGGAGAUGCUGGAUGAGGAGUAUCUGAAAUGUGUGUUUCUCCUCUUGAAAGCCUAUCGCUGUCCAGAAAGCUCCUUUUUUGCCUCAGAACCAUAUUAUAGUCAGCAGGUACCUCAGGUCCAGGAGAACUGCAUGUGGUUAAACAAAAUCAAGACAAAGCUGGCUUGGAAGAUGUACCCCCAAGUGAAGGGGUUUGUGCGGGACAUGCGCCUCAUCUUUGAGAACCUCAGGGCAUUUUGCAAGGAUCAGAAAUUCAUCAGGAUGGGAAUUCAACUAGAGGCCAACUUUGAGAAUAAUUUCAAAAACGUUUUUGCCAUUCAGUAAAUCAGCAAGAACAGUUCUCGGUCCA